CUUAUGUGAAAUAAUGAAUUUUAUUCUUCUCUCACAUGUAUGUAUAUAUAAGCCACCUAUUGUCCAUGAACGAGAUCACGUACCACACAUUCAGAAGAAAACAAUAUUGCCCUCUGAAUCUUGACAAGAGAGAGCUAUGGAGAAGGAAAUGGCCUCACCAUUCAAAAACCAUGUAGUUAUCUUUCCUUUCAUGGCUCAAGGCCAUAUUCUCCCCUUGCUGGACCUCUCAAAAGCUCUUUCUCGCCAACACAUCAAAGUAAGCAUCAUUACUACUCCAGGAAAUGCUAAGUCGAUCUUAAACUACAUUUCUUCUUACCCUCAUGUAUAUCUUAUUGAAAUCCCAUUUCCCACCAUUGAUGGCCUCCCUAAAGGUUGUGAGAACACCUCUCAACUUCCCUCCAUGGAAUUCCACCUUCCUUUUGUCAACGUCACCAAACAACUUCGAAAGCCCUUCCAAAAUAUCCUUGAAACCAUGCUGGAAUCCCAGACCCCUCCUCUAUGUGUUAUUUCAGAUUUCUUUCUAGGAUGGACGCUUGCUGUUUGCCGAGAACUUGGUGUCCCAAGGCUGGUCUUUCACGGCAUGGGUGUUUUAUCUAUGGCCAUUAUCAAAUCUGUCUGGGUACAUCAACCACACUUAAAAGCCAAGUCAGUUUUUGAUCCUUUAAAUUUGCCUGGUAUGAAGCUUCCGUUCACUUUGACAAGUGCAGAUUUGCCUGAGACAAUUAACAUACAAAAUCAUGAUGAUCCAUUUUCUCAACUCAUUGAAGAGGUGGGUGAAGCCGACGCUAAUAGCUGGGGUGUUGUUGUUAAUAGUUUUGAAGAGCUAGAAAGAAGUCACAUCCCAUGUUUCGAAUCUUUCUAUAAUGGAGCUAAAGCUUGGUGCGUCGGACCUCUGUAUUUGCAUGAAAAAAUGGAAGAUCUUGACAAAAGCAAUUCCUCAAUGUUGAUGCAGUGGCUAGUUGAGCAAACUCCAGAUUCUGUGAUAUAUGUCUCCUUUGGUACACAAGCUGAUAUAUCAGAUACUCAACUAAAUGAGGUGGCCUUUGGGUUAAAGGAUUCAGGGUUUCCUUUUGUUUGGGUGGUCCGUUCAAAGGCAUGGACUUUGCCUGUGGGCAUGGAGGAGAAGAUAAAAGGCAAAGGUUUGAUCAUUAAAGAAUGGGUUGAUCAACCAAAGAUAUUAUCUCAGCGUGCAAUAGGAGGGUUCUUGAGUCAUUGUGGUUGGAAUUCAGUGCUAGAAAGUGUCUCAACUGGAGUGCCAAUUUUAGCUUGGCCUAUGAUCGCUGAACAAUCUUUGAAUGCGAAGCUCAUAGUAGAUGGACUAGGAGCGGGGGUUAGUGUGAAAAGGGAGAAGAAGUGUGGUUCUUCUGAGCUGGUUAUUGUUUCGCGGGAAGCGAUAUGUGAGGGAGUGAGGGAGUUGAUGGGAGGAGAAAAGGGAAGGAAUGCAAGGGAGAGAGCACAAGCCCUUGGACGAGUGGCUAGGGGAGCAGUGCAGGAAGGUGGCUCCUCCGACGCUACUCUAAGCAAGAUGAUAGACCAACUGCGUGCAUGCCAAGUGGCAUUUAAGGCCCCAUUCUGAAAACUUUUAAAGAUAUUUUUCUAAAU